GACCCGCUUUCCUCACCGCCGCGCGCCGCUGCACGGUCGGGAUUUAAUGUGCACAAUUUGAUGAGGAAAUAACACCCGCAAAACACGGUUUACUCGGCGGUCGCCAUGGCGGAUCAAAGAAGAGUCACCGUGUACGACUGUCGCUCCGAAAACAAAGCGCGACCCCAGAGAGAAGUGCUGGAAACAAGCGGCCUGGACUUCAACCGCUUCCUGCGACUUCUGCUGCCGAAAUUCGCAAUCCCGCCACAUGAAAAAUUUGUGCUGGCCACGACGGACCGAGUAAUCCUGGAUUUUCACAAAUUUGAGGACCUUCAGGACGGCAGCACCCUCCACCUGCUGCAACGGGAGGACCAGGCUCUGACGGCGGCGACGGAGGAGCACAUCAACUUCACGCCUCACUACGACACGCUGAUCAAGGGCGGCCUGUACGAGUACUACGCCAGCGAGGGCCAGAAUCCAUUGGCGUACGCGCUGGCCGAGCUGAUCGACAACUCUCUGUCGGCCACCGCCAAAAACCCGGGCGCGAGGACAGUGGAGAUACGGAUGGUGUUCGAUGGAGGGAAGCCUACGGUGAUUGUCUUGGACAAUGGUUGCGGGAUGACCUUCACACAGCUCAAGAACUGGGCGGUGUACCGACUCUCCAAGUUCUCCAGGGACAAAGUCAUAGUUGGAGGUAAGCUGGAGGGGUACACGCGGCCCGAUCCAGUCCGGCGUAGUCUCAACAGCGAUAUAUCCUACUUCGGAGUUGGAGGAAAACAGGCCGUUUUCUUCAUCGGAAACUCCACCAGGAUGAUCACUAAACCUGUCGGCUCCCCAGAUGUUCACGAGCUGAUUCUGUCAAAAGAGGGAUUCGAGAGUAGAGAGAAGGACAAAAGGGAUAUUUACUCCACGGUCAUUAAGAACAGGAAGCCGGGGGACUAUUCUCAUGUGAAAGGGGACGACGAGCGCUGCCUCCGUGCCCUGAUCGGCGAGGAGUUCGGGAAGAAGAGCUUCACAGCCGUGGUGAUCACGGGCGUCUCACCGGAGCACGUCGCCUUCUUGAAGCGAGACUUUGACGUGUGGACCAGACAGCUGGCCAACCUGUAUCACUAUUACAUUCACGGAGUCAACGGGAAGGACACGAGCAGCUGCUCUGCAAAAGUGGAUCACCUUCCUAAAAUUGACAUCCAGAUCAUUUUGCGCGAGAAGCCUCCCAAAAGUCCCUCCGUGCUGAACCUACGGGAAAUCGACGACGACCGGCAGACGCUGUUCCUGAACGCCACCGUGGACACGUUUGAGUUCCACGCCGCCACCGAGAAGGACGGCGGCACAGUGGAGGGAGUCAUCCGGUACCACCCCUUCCUCUACGACCGGGAGACUUACCCAGAAGACCCCGACGCUCCGCCCGCCUUAGAUGAUGACGCUUCCGAUUGGGAGAAUGAGUCCGCUGCCUGGCAACAGGCACGCGCGAGGAAGCACAUAUUUGACUGUUUCUGGAAUGGACGGCUUAUUCCUUACACCAAAUUGCAGGAGUUCGACUGGUGUGCUGCCAGUAAAGGACCAAAGGAGCUUGCCGAGUGUUACGGUCGCAUUUCCGGAGUGCUUUUCAGUGACGACCGAUUCGAAGUGAGCACAAACAAGCUCACCUUUAUGGACCUGGAGGUGAAACUGAAGCAGAACAGCACCAUCUUCACACGCAUUGUUAACUCACAGAAACAGAGAGGCAAAAUCCUCAAGGACUUCACGGAAUGGUUGAAAAAAUGCCACGAGAAGUGGGACAAGCAAGUGAAGUUCGUGGGCUUCAAGGAGACCAUAGAGCGAAAGGAGUUGACCCCGAAGAAGAUGCAGCACCCCUGGGCGACGUUCUCCUCCAUCGUGUGGGACGGAAAAGUGUACAAAACCGGCCAACUGGUGAAGUCUCAGAAGACGGUGCCCAUCGUGUACGGUCGCAUGGGCCGGUUUCUGCUGUACGGGGAACACAAGGGCAGCGUCUUCGCCACGGGGGGAGAGGUGGAAGUGCUUCUGGAACCCAAAGAGUUUUACAACACGGUGAAGACCAUAGCCAUUUCCAAGAUCAACAAGACCGCCACUGAUGAAGAGAUCCAGAGCAUCAUUGACAACGACUCUGCCAAGUUUCCGGAGCUCCUGGAAGUGGAAUGGCCGAAGGGGAACCCCUGGCCACAGAAUGCGUCUCGUGCAGCUGGGACUGAGUUUGGGCCAAUACAAGUGAAAAUUCUAAACAAGAAGGGAGAGUCGUUAUCCCAGAUGCCAUCAGUGGGCCUGGGAAAAGGAAAAAAAAUGUUUGUAGAGUUAAAAAUCGUCCACCGCGGUCCUGCAAAAGAAGAUCAUAAAACGGUUCUCCACUCUGUUGCCCAACAUUCCCCCAGUUGGAAUUAUGCGUUCAAGAAAACGGCAAAUCUGACCAACCCGGGGAACUAUACUUUGUCCCUAAACACGAAGAUAAGCGAAAGCAACGCCUACGUCUUUGGAGGCAGACAGCUUCCGAGCUUCAAGCUGACGUUCACCAUCGUUGCGGGCACGCCGGAGAGCUUUGUCGUCAGCCCUGUGAGCACCCCGCCCCACGUGGGAGUCCCAUUCAACAUUUCCCUGUUUAUAAAAGAUGCUCAUGACAACGCAGCGGUGGCGCCUCCUGAUCUCAGACCUGUACUCAAAUGCAGGGACCUGGAGCUGAGUUACGAGGCCGUGAGCAACCUUGGGACCACGUUCACCAUCAGAAGUGUCAAAGCAAAAGGAAAAGUGCUGAAUUGCCAGAAAUCAAAGAUGUAUGACCUGAACGUCACGCUGCCUGGCCUGAAGACGGACACGCAGACCGUCCAGAUCUGUCUUCUUCCUGGUAAUCCACAUUCCCUCCACGUGACGCCAGAAGACGAACCGAUCGCGUUGGAGAACGGAAACACCUUCACGUUCACCGCCGAAGUCCACGAUGAGGCCGGAAACAUCACCGCUCAGGCCAAACAGAUCGUUUCCUGCCAGGUUAAGGGGUUUCCGCCGGUGACGGCCGACUGCAGCGCCUCGGGAACUGGACAGCUUGUGACGAAGCCCAUCAACCUGCAAAUAACCAACGGGGAGCCGCAGAACCUCACCGUUGAGUUUGAGAUGCCUAAGAGCAAGUGGAAGGUCCCGUUGGUCCUGAGGAAGCUGAAGGUGGUGCCCAGCACCAGAGUCUCCCGCAUGGAGCUCUGCGGCGAUGACAAUUUGGUGCUGAGAAACGGCGAGAAGAUAGAGUGGCUGGCCGGGGGCUCGCUAGAGAACCUCUUCUACAAGCUGUAUGACGAGGCGGGUCGACUGGUCCCUCCCACCGAGGAGAUCGCCUGCAGGAUCAAGGUCAACUGGACGGGAGACGUCAACGUUACAGACCUGGCCCUGGGGAAGCUGCCUGUCUUACAGGUGCCCACGCAGGUGCAGCCGCCGAUCUUCUACCUGGUGUCCUACCAGGACCAGAAUGUCUCCGUCUCCUUCAACAUAGUGCCUCGUCCGGAUGAAGCAACUAAACUCAAAGCAACUCCGCUACACAACACAGUGAAGCUGGGUGAAAUCCUCCCUGGAAACAUCAGCUUGGAGCUUCUGGACCAGUAUGAUAAUUCCACAUUGACAUUUACCUCCACCUGUAAGGAUCACAUCACAGUGGAAGCGGACGGUCUGGACAAAUCGGCCAUCGACUUUGUUUGGCAGGAGAGCAGCGGUUCUGUUCUGGUGACGGGGGUGCAGUUCCUUUCGGGGCCUCUCGGGCCCAGAGAGUUGUGCUUCACCUACGGGAGCUUCGAGGAGCGCGUCCAUGUGAAAGUGACCGCCGGAGUCCCCGCGCUGCUCAAACUCACCAGCGGGCCAGAGAUGCCUUUGCAGGUGCUGAACGGCCACGGCAUCGCCACGCCCUUCGUCGUCCAAGUGUGUGACGAGAGGGGGAACCCGACCACGGACCAGAGGGUCGUGGUGAGAGUGAACUCUUCCCCCCCGACGCUGAAGGUGACGACGGCUGUUAUUUCACAACCGGUGAGCGCGGAGGGGAAAGCCUCUUUCCCCGUGAGCGGCGUGAGCGGACCGAAGGGGUGCUAUAAGCUGGUGUUCGAGGGCUCCCUGAACCAGAAACCCAUCCCUGGUUUCACCGUGAAUCUCACCGUCAUACCGGAUCCCAACAAACCCGUCAGCCUGUCGGUGGAGUACAACACCGCCGCCGUGUUUCCUGCCGGAGGCCGCUUCCCUGUGUUCUCUGUGACCGUGGUGUCCGAUGAAGGCUGCCCGAUGGCGACUUUUAACCCCGCUGCUGCGUCCAUGCGUCUGUGGAAGGAGGCGCCGCCGCAAAACACUUCUCCGCACCGGGAGGUCACUGAGCUGAAGUGUUGUAAACCACUGGGCGACGAAAAGAAGGACCGCUUCCACUUCAGAGAUAAACCGAUCCCAAAACAAGUUGGAAAGUACACCAUCCAGUUCUCUCUAAAAAUAGACGAUGGAAAACUCCUGUCCAGUAAUCAGAUCUCCAUAGACGUGGUGGCCAAUCAACCCGUCAGGCUGGCACCCGACCCCCCGCCACCCACCCGAUUUGUUUCCGACAGCAAGGUCAUUGCCCACCGAACCUUGGUGGAGAAUAUGACCCUGAGGAUAAUGGACGAGCACGGAAACGCGGCGGGGCGGGACCUGGGCGGGACGGUGGUCGUCUCCAUAGAGAACCUUGGUGGAGGCGGCAGUGGCAGCAGCGGCCAGUCCGUCCCUCUGUUCGAGGGCCAAAAGAACAGCUUGACGACGAGCUUGGUGGAAGGCAAGGCCCACUUCACCAGGCUGGUCCUCAUGGAGAACAGCCCCGGGGAGGACGGAAGUGACUACUUGCUGCUCUUCAGACCAGAAGGGCCGAUGGUUCCCACGACCCUCGACCCCUUUCCGCUGCUCUUCCACUUUAACAAAGAUGCUGAGAACCAACAGAAAAUGUUUGAGCUGACCAAGAAGAAAAACACGCUGACGACUUCUAUCGAAGCGCUCAGGGAAAACUUCGCCACAUCAACUGAACUCCUUACUGCGCUGACCUCUCAAUGUCUGAAUGAAAGUGAAAAAGAGUCUGUCAUUCGAAAAGAGCUGAUCAAGAGGAAGUUGGAAAGUGGCCAAACUAUCCCAGAAAUUGAAGAACUCCUAACCAGAAAGCGAUCUGAAUUGGACCAGAUCGUCCGAUCACACAGAGUUUGCUCCAUUCCCGACCAAUUCAGAGGGCAGCAGGAUGUUUUGGGAGCGGUCGGCCACUUGGCCUUAGUGCAGGACGCCGACGCCGCGCGGGUGAUCUCCUGGCAAAUCAGGGGCGACAUGGAUUGCGUCCUCACCAAGACGCUGGCGGCCGCGCAGAGGAUCUACAAGGACACCAACGGCCAGCAGCAGGUCAUGUCCCUGGAGACUAUGUUUGUGCGAGACGACAACAGACCGUUGCCACACAUAAGAAAUGGCCGUGCGCUCUUUGACCCCCCCGGGAACCCGGUCUACGCCAUUGACCUCCUGCAUUUCCCAAGCGACCCGCAGAGCUGUCGAACCGCUUUUAAAAGCAUCCUGGGGAACACCAUUCUGAUGGACGACCUGAACUCGGCAAACCACUACCGGAAGGCGGUGGUACAGCACAAGAUGCCGUGUCCCACCAUCCUGACCCGGCAGGGCGACAGGAUCAGUGGCAACGGCAAGUUCGGAGGCGCGCAGAACAGAGCCCCACCGAUGCACGCGUUAAAAGUGUUCGGAGCCCCCCUCCCUCCGCAUCACGCGGCUUUAAAGGAGCACAUAGAGCUGCUGAGCCAGCACCGGUCCGCUCUGGAGAAGAAGCAAGAGGCCGCGAAGGAACGAGGGGCUCACUUGAAGAUGAUGCAGUCUCCUGAAAGUCUGAAACAGCGUAAACAAAUGGAGGAGAUGAUAACGCAGCUGGAGGAGAACGAGAGAGAGCUCGCGUCGACCCCAGUAAGAGCAGGGAAACGGGGCCUUGAGAGGGCCCAGCCAUCCGGCACCGCGGGAAAGAGAUUCAAGUAGAGGUCGCGACGUGGACCGAUCCAACCGAUCUCUUCUAGAGUUUUAUUUGUAUAUCUUUUAAUGAUUUUAUAAUAAUCCAUCCAUCCAACCAUUAUUUUUGUAGAUGUGAAUCAGAGGACAGUUGAUGUUGAUGUUUACCUGUUUUACCAUAAAUGCUGAAAUUAAUUGUUACAAACUUGUUGCUGGAAACAUUCUUUGGAGCGCAGACUUUCAUACUGGUGCUUAAGUCGCAUAUUUCGCGCAUGAGUUUGCGUAUUGGAGCGAGCUGCACACAUUGGAUAUUUUAAAAGGCGCACGACAGAAGCACGCCCGUGUUGUUUACGAGCCGACCCUCCUCCUCUGGGGCCGGAUAGUUUUGGGGGUUUACUUGGCAGAUGUGGAUGGAAUGAUUAAUUUCAAAGAACUGCUUUAUUCUCUAUAAAAAAAAACACAUUUUUCUAA